ACCACGAGGAGGUGCCGAGACGGAACCGUUCAGCGCGAGUGCGCGAAAAUGUUGGUUUUGCGCUGCAAAGCCCCAAACAUUCACCUCUUAUUCUCUCACGGGAAUUUUGUCAAACACCUGCCGGUCUCAAAACUGAGAACCUUCCGCUGUGCCGGAACCAACACAAAAACCUUUACAACAGUCACCGCCGAUCUUAAUUCUUCUUGUUUCGAAGCUCUGACUUCCCGCCAGAAAGAGCAGAUUAAUCUGUAUGUCGACGCUCUGCUCCAGUGGAACCAGAAAAUGAAUCUUACUGCUGUUAAAGAGGCAAAUGAAGUGAGGGAAAGGCAUAUUAAAGACUCCCUUUCAAUUUUACCACCAUUGUUGAACUCUUACAGCUUGCAUUGUAACACCUUAUGCGACAAUCUCAGGGUUGUUGAUGUUGGGACUGGUCCAGGGCUUCCUGGAUUGGUUUUAGCUAUUGCUUGCCCAGGUUGGGAAGUAACAUUGGUUGAGUCUAUGAACAAACGAUGUGUUUUCUUAAAGCAUGCAGUGGGUCUAAUGGGGCUCUCAAAUGUUCAAGUUGUAAGAGAAAGGGCAGAGAAUUUGGGUCAGGAUCAUUGUUUUAGAGAGCAAUUUGACGUAGCAGUAGCCAGAGCAGUUGCAGAAAUGAGGAUUUUAGCUGAGUACUGUCUUCCUCUGGUCCGUGUUGGUGGGUUGUUUGUAGCUGCAAAAGGUCAUGAUCCUCAUGAGGAAGUUAGAAAAGCAGAAAGAGCAAUCAAAUUGAUGGGUGCUUCUAUAUUGGAGUUCUGCUCAGUGGAAUCACAGAGUCCAUAUGGGCGGAGAACUGCCAUUAUUUGCUUAAAAGAUUGUUCCACCCCUGCAAAAUAUCCACGUGAUCCAGGUAUACCAACAAAAGUUCCAAUCUAAUAGUGAAAAUAUCCAUUUUUUGUUUGCUUUUCUGUUCUGCUUCAUGGAACCACUGAUUGUGAGGAAUAACUUGUAUUAUUCUGUUUUAGUACCACAUACAAUAUACAUAUUUGUGUUGAUCUUUUCUAGUAGUUGGAUUUUUUUCUCUCUGAUUAUGUCUGAGUUGGAUUGACUUGCUUGUAUGACAAUAAGAAAAAGGAAAAACUUAUUGAGGUAAUUCAUUGUUUGCUUCACUUUGUCCUUAUGGUUUGUUUCUUUAUUAACAUUCAUGAUAUGUUAGCAUUUUACUGGUCAUUUGUUCACUAUUUUUCUUUUGCUCUCUAAUGGGUGCAUGGUGCGUACUUUCUCUUUCCUUUCACUAUUUACCUGUAGUGUUGAAAUUAGUAGUGUAAAACUGAAGGGUUUUGUUUUUGAUUUGUUUUCCUCUCAAUUGUUUCUGUUGAAAAAAUUGAAUUCUAGUAAAGAUGUAAGUUAUUA